GGGGUUGGAACAUGAAGAAUGGUCAGUCCUCAAGCGCCAGAGAAGCUGCAUUACAAUGACUCAAUCUGUUAGCUCACUGUCUUUGUGAUACCAGAAUUCCAUAUUGUUGUGAAGAAAUCGUUGGUGCGAAGACACAGAGAGAGAGAGAGAGAUAGAGAGAGAGGAGGACUUCAAGUGUGACGUCUUUUUUUGUGGAUGUGUGUUUGGCAUCGAUCUCCAAUUUGCAUUAUCUGCAGGAAGGGCCGAUGCUGAAAAGUUCGGGCGCAGAAACAGGCAGCAGUACAGUGCAAUCGAAGGUGGAGUUCACGACCGCAUCCUGCUGUGAAUUAUAGUUACGAAUUCCGAUCGGAAACGUGACCAGAUCCACGACACCGUGUCUCUCAGUCAGUUAGUAGUCAGUCAGUAACGGGUGCCACUUCUCUUCCGGCAAGGUGGCCUUCAACCCUACACUCUAGCUACGGAGAAAUUUACGUGUAGCAAAUUUCGAGGACAUUGUCAACCCUUGGCUCCAGUUGUCAUAUGCAGAUCAUCUGCAAGACCUGUUGGGCCCCCUGGGGACUCUAGUGACUUCCACUCUCUAGAGCCUGACACCAGCUUUUGGCUCUAGUUAGAGUGAGUCAUUAGUCCAUAAUGAUCCACUAUGACCUUCUGCACAUAAGCCUAACGGUGAAUCUAUCAAGGUCUGCAAAUGUCGAAGUUCGGCGCUGCAUUCCAUGUAUAUGGUGAUCAUGCUCGACGAUCCUGGAGUGCAAUGUGGAGGGAGAGUCUGGCAUCAUGCAUUUGAAGUACGAAGUCUAGCAAGAUAGCGACACGAAGAAGUAUAACUGUAAUCACAAACCUGAAUGCCAUUCGAAGAAAUAUAAAUAUAGAUGACAAUCGUGCAACACAAUGUGAAGGGUAUACGAUCACGCACAGGAAGCACAAAGUCGCUCAACAGAGGGACGUGGUGAACUGUGAAUGUAGUAGAAACACCAGAUAAUGUAACAAAGAGACCGAAAUCUCCAAAAAGCCUCAGGGGAGAUGGUAAAGCCCGAUUUGAGCCCUACCCCUCCAAACCUGCACGGCCUAGGAGCCUGUGGGUGAGCAUGCAUCUGGAACGUGUCGUUCAUUUGGAAAAUCUCUCGAGACCAGAGAGAUGGUUUUCUCGGAACCCGUGCGAUCUACAAAUUGGAAGGAACCACGUGCUGAGCAUGAAGAGAGGCUUGUGGACCUUGACGACGAAAUUGUCCACAUGCGACGGCCGGCACGAGGCCUAUAUAAACCGCCCUUGAACCCAAACUCAGACACAGCAACCACAGCAGCAGCAACUCACAUUUUUGCAAUCUACCUCUGACACAAAAACUUCCUCGCAUUUCAGUCACCGUUCAAUCCAGGUCCACUCAGUUUUCAGUCCGUCCAUCACAGCAACCAUGUCUUCAGCGCAGAGCACCAAGGACAGCACCAAGGACACGGCCGAGCAGACCAAGAACUACGGAGCCGAGAAGGCCGGCCAGGUCCAGGAGGGUGCUAAGGAUAUGGGCCAUGCCACCAAGGACAAGACCGCCGAGGGCAAGGACCAAACUUCCUCAGGCCUGGAACAGGCCGGUGAGAAAGUGAAGGACGGGAUGGCCCACGCCAAAGAGACCGUGACGGGUGACAAGCAAUAGACUGCUCGACGCGAGCGUGCUCAGAAUCAAGUCAAACAUGUAUAGAGAGAUCUACUGACGGAUACAUGGGCACGUACGUCCCUUUGGAGCUCAAGACAUGUCAGGACCGAAACAUCCACGCCCUCCUCGUGCAGUCGCUUUCGAUCACGUCGUGGAGAAGUAGUCUCGGAAGCCAGCUCGCAUGAAGGGUUCAGCGUGGAUAGAUACCACAAUACACCAUACUAAACUCACCUCUGGGAGGAUCUCUGAUUCACAAUCCUGAAUUCUCUUCGGAAGAUGAGUGUCCAUGUAUAUACUGAAUAUCAAUAAAGCUUCUCCACUUUCACAC